AGCGGGCUGUGCUCCCAGGGCAGCAUGCCUAGGAUAACGGUGAACGGCAUCACGGUGGACUUCCCCUACCAGCCCUAUGCCUGCCAGGAAGCCUACAUGGCCAAGGUGCUGGAGUGCCUGCAGAAGAAGGUCAAUGGUGUCUUGGAGAGCCCCACAGGCACAGGGAAGACCCUCUGCCUCCUCUGUUCCACUCUGGCUUGGCAGGAGCACUAUAAAGAUACCAUCUCAGCCCGCAAGAUUGCGCAGCGACUCGGUGGGGCGGAACUCUUCCCAGAGUCAUCCUGGGGCAAUGUUGCCCCUGAUGAUGAUAUCUCGACUUAUUACACGGACAUCCCUAAAAUAAUUUAUGCCUCCAGAACUCACUCCCAACUUACACAGGUCAUUAAUGAGUUAAAGAACACAGUCUACAGACCCAAGAUGUGUGUUUUGGGUUCCAGAGACCAGCUUUGCAUCCAUCCUGAAGUGAAGCGCAUGGAGAGCAACCACAUGCAGAUCUACAUGUGCAAGAAAAAAGUGAUGGCUCGUGCUUGUCAUUUCUAUAGCAAUGUGGAAGAGAAGAGUACAGAGAAAGAUCUGAUGAACUCAAUCAUGGAUAUUGAAGACUUGGUUAAGAAGGGCAACAAGCUCAGAGCUUGUCCUUAUUACCUCUCUCGAAGCCUGAAGCAGCAAGCAGAUAUUAUUUUUAUGCCUUACAACUAUUUGCUAGACUCAAAGAGCCGCAAAGCGCACAACUUGGACCUGAGAGGGACUGUGGUGAUACUUGAUGAAGCUCACAAUGUGGAGAAGCUGUGCGAGGAGUCGUCUUCUUUUGACUUGACACCCUAUGAUUUGGCUUCAGCAAUAGAUGCUGUAGAUGUUGUACUGGAAGAACAAGCCAAAGUGGUUCAGCAGAAUGAAGUAAAUGCUGAGUUCAAUAUGGAGUUGGCCUCUUCAGGCCUGAACAUGGAACUUGAAGAUAUAGCAAAGAUAAAGAAAAUUCUUCUCCAGCUUGAAAGUGCCAUUGAUGCAGUGGAGCUGCCACCGAAUGAUAGUGGAGUCACCAAAGAGGGAAGCUACAUCUUUGAUCUGUUUGCCGAGGCCCAAAUAACAUUCCAGACUAAAUCCUCACUCCUGGAUUCACUGGAGCAGAUUUUACAGUAUCUUUCAGGCCGGCCUGGGAUAUUUGUCAAUACAUCUGGAUUGCAUAAACUCUUGGGUAUUAUCCAGACUGUAUUCAACAUCGAUGCUCCAGAAGGUGCAACAGAUCUCAGGCUGCAUCAGUCGAUAUCGAAAUACUAUAAGGUACAUAUUCACCUGGAUGAAAGUAAUCAGAAGAAACAAAAGACAGAUCUCUGGAAUUCAUCAUCUACAAGAAAAGAAAAGACCUUAAGCUAUUGGUGUUUCAGCCCUGGAUACAGCAUGCAUGAGCUUGUUCGUCAAGGAGUCAGGACAAUUAUCCUUACUAGUGGGACACUCUCCCCACUCUCCUCAUUUACAAUGGAAAUGCAGAUCCCUUUUCCUGUCCGCUUGGAGAAUCCUCAUGUCAUCGAUAAACACCAGCUCUGGGUUGGGAUCAUUUCUAAGGGACCUGAUGGCACUGUGCUGACUUCUACCUAUGAAAGAAGGUUUUCAGAGGAUUAUUUGUCUUCUCUGGGGAAAACAGUUGGUAACUUGGUGCGAGUUGUGCCGGAUGGACUGUUGGUGUUCUUUUCAUCGUAUCCUGUCAUGGAUAAAAGCCUGGAAUAUUGGAGAGAGCAUGAUCUUGCUAGCAGAAUAGAAGAGGUGAAGUCAAUGUUUGUGGAGCCCAGGAACAAAGGAAGCUUUUCAGAGGUAAUAGAUGCCUACUAUAAUAGAGUUGUCUGUCCCAAGUCCAGUGGGGCUGCUUUUUUGGCAGUAUGUCGGGGGAAGGCCAGCGAGGGCUUGGACUUUGCAGACAGAAAUGGCCGGGGAGUCAUCAUUACUGGGCUCCCAUUUCCUCCUCUUAUGGAGCCCAGGGUUGUUCUGAAGAUGCAGUUUCUGGAUGAGAUGAGAAGACGUGGGACAGGCUCACAGUGUCUGUCUGGGCGGGAGUGGUACAACCAGCAAGCUUCCCGGGCUGUUAACCAGGCUAUUGGCAGGGUCAUCAGACAUCGCCAGGACUAUGGUGCUAUCUUCCUGUGUGAUGAAAGGUUCAGCACUGAUAAUAUGAGAUGCAGGCUGCCUUCGUGGGUCCGCCCCUACGUGAACGUCUAUGACAACUUUGGGCAUGCAGUCAGAAGCGUCUCCAUCUUCUACCGUGUUGCUCAAGAAGUGAUGCCCUUACCCCUGCCACAAGGCCCUUCUGGCUCUGCUGGUUCCCAGAGUGAAAGCGAUGCGGUACCAUCUACUUCAUCUGAACAGACCCUCUGCCUGAGAAAAGCCAAACACUUGGAUGACCAUGUUCCCAGUUUGCAGAGGAAAAGAAAAGCAAGUGAAGAUGGAGCAUCCAGCCUGUGCAUGGAAUAUGAACCAAAGCUCGUCUCGCCUAAAAGACCACGUAUUGGGCUCUUGGAUGCAUUGGAGCGCAGUGAGAAGAGCAGCGAAGGUACAGAGGAGGAGAAUGACUUGUCAGGAGAGGAAAAGGCGCAGCGUCUGUCAACACUUUCCCUUCAGCAUGAGAAGAGGCUGGCAGAUGAGCAGAAAGGAGGAAAGAAGAAAAUAAAGCUCGUCAGCAAUACACAAGCUGAAAAGAAACCCAACCCGACAGAGAAUAAGAGGACUCGAGCAGCAUCGUACUUGGCAACAGUGAAGAAGACCCUAAGCCAAGAGAGCUAUAAGCUCUUCUCUGCGGCUCUUCAGGACUACAAGAUAAGGGACGACUUCCUUGCUGUGUUAUCUCAAAUGAGUGCUCUCUUCAUAGGGGAUGAAGAAAAUCAUGUCUUGCUGCGAGAAUUUUACCAGUUUAUUCGACCUCAUCAUAAGAAGCAGUUUGACGAAGCGUGUUACAAUCUGACUGGAGAGGGCUGUGGCUACAAACCUGAGCACAGCCUCCCGCUGGAAGGGCAAGACAUCCUAGCCCGGAGCUUAGAAGAAGAAGAGAGUCAGCAGGAAAUGACCUUCUGGAAGGACUCAUGUGCUGGGCUAGAUACUGAGCUCCACCUGAACCAGGGAGGUUUCCACUUGCUACCAUGGCUGUGUAGUGCAGGUAACUUCAUGUUAAAACCACAGUCGCAAGGUAACAUGUUAUGUUUGAUGUUGUCACUAAGUCCUCCUGGUGGGAACCUAUGUCUUUUGUGCUCACCUAGCAGAGAGCUCUUUAUUGUAGGUAGAAGUGAUGGUAAUUCAGCAUUUUCAGCAGGGAUUGUACCAAAUGAGCCACAAAAGCCAUUAAAUGAAAGCCAGGUCGAUAGGAAAGAAACCAAUUGAAGCCAGAAGUUUGCACUGAGGACUGAGCUGGCAUGUGUCAGGGAGGGAAGGGCGAGUUAAA